UCAACAAACACCGCUCUCAUUGCGAUUUUAGGAACGCGAUAAGCAUCACCGCGUCUAACCAGCUCGGCCAAGGAGAUUGCUCGAGAACCUCGAGAGGGGCGAGCUUAAAGCUGUCUCGCCCAUAUAACACGAUGCGCCGCGCGCCCUCGCCCGCCGAAACCGAUCGGCAGCGCACCGCCAAGGUUCUGCGCGCUCUCCAGGACCUGCAAUCCGCCUCGGGUCAUGAGUAUACCAUUCUGAAGAUCAGCGAGCCCAUCUCCUCCGCUGUACCAUCACGCGACAAUCACAACAACACCAACAACAACAAUGAACCCGCAAACGCCGUGGCCCGCACCUCGGACGUCUCCACCUCCUCGCUCGAUGCGCCGACCCCAGCCUCCCUCGAAGCCGACCUGGCGCACUACAAGGAGCUCUUCGCCAAGCUGCGCUUCUCCUACGUCGAGCAGGUCACCAAGGAGAAGUUCAUCCGCGCCAUCGUCGGCGACCCGCCCCUGAUCGUCACGCCGCAGGAGAACGCAGACCUCGAGGAGAGCAAUGCGGCGGCCAAGGCCACGCUCAAGGCGCGCAAGACCGAGGUGGCGGGGAUGGUGGCCGAUCUCGAGGCGCGCGGGCGCGAUCUUGCGGGGCGAUACGAGAGGGUUCGGGCGGAGAUGGCCUUGCUAGAGGAGUUGCCCGGGAAGAUUGCGACGCUCGAGAAGAGGGUGGCCGAGUUGAGGGCUGCGCAGCAGCUUGCCCCCGAUGGGAAGCCGGAGAUGAAUCUGCCGCUGGGCAAGACGCUCGCGCUGGUGGAUGAGAAGAGGAGGGAGCUGGCUGGUUUGGAUAGGCAGCUGGAGCUGCUUGGCGGGCAGGUGCCGCGGAAGAGGAAGGAGAUGGAACGGCUGCGGGCCGAGGUGGCCGCGCUGGAGAACAGGAAGGCGAAUAGUGCUGCCGCGGCGAGGGAAGCGAAGCGGAGGAGGGAGAAUGCGCAGGGCGGGGUGGAGGACGAGCUCGAGGCGAGGGGAAGGUGGUACAGAGCUUCCGAGGUCGUGUUACGGCAGGUUCUGGAUCUGCAAGGGUGACCGGGAUGUUCGAGCUGUUCUCGGCUCCUUCGGCUAUGUAUGGUGUCUGUGGAGAUCAUGAGAAUUAUGAGGUAUGGGAUGGACAGGAUAACGUGGUACUGGUGUAGUUUGGCGUUGGUUGGGCAUGGUUUGGCAGGUCGGGUAAGGUGCUUUGGGGAUCACGGCGGUCACAUCUCUCCUCACAAAAGGUGUUGGGCGACAUCAUCUGAGUAUUUUGACGAC